AGUUAAGGGUAAUAGGUUCACAAUUCUUGUUGAGCUCAAGCGGAACAGUUAGAUUGAGUUUCGUGUUGGUCAAAAGAUAAGUUUUCUUAAAAGAGUUGAAAUAUGGAUAGUGGAUUUUUAAAGUCUUACCGGUCUUACCUUGAGUAUGGUUCCAGUUCGAGUAACUUACUCAGGCCCAGAUCAACUCGUGGUAGACCCUUUGGAAGACCUUCGGAUAACAGACCCUUCAUAAAGCGCACGUACAAGAAGCCACCUAAAAUCGAAAUUGCGGAGUACGAGGUUCCCGAAGCGGUCAGGCGAAUUUACGAGAACAAAUUCAAGCCUUCCGCUACAUUCGGUACGGAGGAAAACCUGCUGUUGGCCGAAGUUGCGGAAGCUAAGCAAGGAUUACCGCUGACGGUGUCCAACUACAAGCCACGCCUGGAAUUGCUGAACCAAAUCGAGGAUGAACACGUGAACAAAGAAUUCCGGAGGUGCUUCAUCCUUGCGCCAACCUUGGUUCCCAAACCGAAUCUGGUAGACCGUGCAGUUGGUGGUUUCAAGUACCAGUUAUCAAAGCACCAGAUCAGAAAAUAUUCCUCCAUCAUCAAAGAAGACGUUGGAGUUCGUUUCAGUGUUGAAUUUAGUGACGAUGAGAUUAAAAAGUUUUCGGGUACUGUGGACCUAGUGGACGCGAAAUAUGUGAUCAUUUUUACUGAAAAAGAGCUACAGUAUAACAGAGUGACUAAGAUUGAGUUUCUUGCCGAAAGGACCACGUAUCAGAUGGAGUACCGCGCUCUGGAGAUGUUACAAGAGAGCGUUAUAGAGCGGGUGUUCUUUGCUGAAUCUUACACCGGGAAAAGCGCGCGAAACCCGUAUAUUUAUUUUUCAAGUUUCAGCUUCGAGUGGUUUCGGCCGAGUGUUGCUUCAAAUCAUGAACAAGUACAAGCGAUUCAGAAUAUCGUAAAUCAAACAUCAUUUCCAGCGCCUUACGUGCUGUUUGGUCCACCGGGUACCGGUAAAACGUCCACCCUCGUGGAAGCCAUCGGACAGAUCUACAAGCUUCUACCCACGGCGAAUGUCCUAGCAGUGGCCACUUCGAAUUCGGCCGCCAACGAGCUUACCAGCCGACUGUUGGAAAUUAUUCCAGAGAAAGACAUCUUUCGGUUUUUUGCCAAAUCAUGCGCGCGCAAAAAGAAAGACAUAGAACAAGACGUGCUGGACGUGUCAAAUCUUCGAAGCUGGAAUAUUGGUAUGGACGGCAAGAGGUUUUAUGAGAAUAUCCGCCCUUGCCGAGUGGUUCUUUGUACCGCGUCAACUGCUGGUCGCCUGGUAAAUUCAGAUGUUCCAAAGAACCACUUCAGCUACAUCUUCAUCGAUGAGUGUGGAAGCGCCAAAGAGGUUUCCAGUCUGGUCCCGAUAAUCGGCAUUGGUGUUCAUGGCAGUGACAUUACAGCCAGUAUUGUGCUGGCUGGGGAUCCGAAGCAAUUGGGACCGGUUAUUCCGUACGCAUAUCUGAAUGAUACCACACACAGCGUGUCCUUGCUAGAGCGCAUCGCGGACAAGGGGCUGUAUGCACGAGAUCGCUGUAGAGGAAAAUACGAUCCCCGAGUUAUCACCCAACUCAGGGAUAACUUCCGCUCACAUCCAACUUUGCUGGAGUUUCCGAAUCGCGCCUUCUACCAAGGAGAACUUCGAGCGAAAGCUUCACCUGAGAAGACCCAUUGGGCGGCCGGUUGGGACCGUCUACCGAAUCGUUCUUUCCCGUUGAUUUUCCACUCGGUGGUUGGCGAGACCAUGCAAGAUGAAAACUCAUCCAGCAUGUACAACGAGCAGGAAGCCGAGCAGGUACUUUCCUAUGUGGAGCGUAUCAUUGAACAUGGCAUUUGUGGAAGGAUGGUCGAGCAGAGCUCAAUCGGUAUAAUCUCUCCAUAUGCCAGCCAAGUUCGACUAUUGAGGAAUUUGCUGAACAAGCGUCACUGGAGCGAUAUCGAAGUCGGAUCGACGGAGCAAUACCAGGGGCGGGAGAAGCCUAUCAUGCUGAUGUCCACGGUGAGGGCUCGCAGCAAAAGUGCGGAAUUUUUGAACAACGCUAAAAGAAUUAACGUUUCGCUGACGAGGGCGCAAGCGCUGCUGAUUGUGGUGGGCGAUCCGGGCACGCUGGAAAGGAUCGAUCAUUGGAGGAGUUUUAUACGGUACUGCCGGGAGAAUGGCGCCGUGGUCGAGAGUUCGGUGAAGUUGCUGGAAGGUCCAAGUACAUCUAGAAAGUACAACAAGAAAAAGCCUCAAAAACCUGAACAAACUCGUAGUGGCGCAGAGCAGGAAAGCUUGGAUUCCAUUGAGGAAAUGAACAUGAUGCUUAGAUUUCUGGGAAUCCAUCGGGAUUGUUUAGAUUCGGACUUGGAUUAGCUUUGAUGUGUUGCGAUGUUGAAAUAAAACAUUUUUUGUCCUAACA